AUGGCUUCGAGAAACGAGGAAAUCGAUCUUCUCCGAGUUUGUCUACAAAAAUUUAGCAUUUUUCUGAUUGCUUUUCCAGGCUCGUACCGACUACCACAACCCGAGUCUACAUGCAGAUUGGGCUCGCAAGCGUCUUGUCUGGAUUCCCAGCGAAAAAGAUGGUUUUGCUUUAGCCGCCGUCGUCGGCGAUCAGCAUUCUGACGGUACGUUCCUAAAUAUGGUCAAUCAUUUAUUUUCUUUCCGAUUUUAUUGGCUCAUUUGAGUUUUGUUUUCAAAAAUUUUGAUGAGACCCAUAAGCUUAUGACGGUGUUUUGAAAUUUCAAAGUGAAUCGGGGGUUUUUUUUGUGAAAAGUGCACUUCUUUCUUCAAGGCCUUGAUGAAUUUUGUAAGUUAUGACGAAAGAGUCAGGGCAAUUAAGGUUGAAAAUGCAACCAUUUGAUCUGAGAUGAAUAAAUUCAAGUCGUUGAACAGCAUGGAGAUCCUAGAAGUUUUCACUUUCAGGAACUUUCGACGUGGAGCUGCAGGAAACUGGCGAGCGACAGCGCGUCUCAGCGGACGACUGCCAGAAGCCGAAUCCGCCCAAAUACGAAAAGUGCGAGGACAUGUCCAUGUUGACGUGUCUCAACGAGGCUUCGGUCCUCAACAACCUCCGCCAGCGUUAUUUCUCCAAUCUCUAUUACGUUUGUAAUAUUUCUCUUUUCAAAAAGUCUGAAGGAAUGUUUCAGACUUACUCCGGCUUGUUUUGUGUCGUGAUCAAUCCGUACAAACGCCUGCCUAUUUAUACUGACUCCAUCGCCGAACAAUUUAAGGUUCCUCUCAUCUUAUCUCUCUCAUGAUCAUUGCUUGACUUAGUUCAAAAAGCCAGUUUAAAUAUUUCUACUCUUUGGUUUUCAUGCGACCAGGAUUGAGGGGAGAUUAUUAGAAGUAAGAAACAGUAUAAAGAUACUUGUCUGUCAAAAAUUCCUUUCUUUAUGCUUUCUAUUACGACUCAAAAAUUGAAAUUUACUCGGGUUUAUGUUUAAGGUGGGUUUCUCAGUUUUGCUCUUGCCCACAGUUUUUAGCGAGAAGAUCACCUAUAUUGGAAAUGCCCAAUGAGAGUUUUUGCAGUGUAAGAAGCGCAAGGAGAUGCCGCCUCACAUUUUUGCGGUUGCCGACGAGGCAUAUCGCAACAUGUUGCAGGAACGGGAAGAUCAGUCGAUUCUUUGCACGUAGGCCACAAUUAGGCUCUUGCUCUGUAAAAUAACUUUCCAGCGGCGAGUCCGGCGCAGGUAAAACGGAAAAUACGAAGAAGGUGAUCCAGUACUUGGCUCACGUGGCUGGCAACCGUGGCAGCUUGCAACGCCGCAAACCCUCCGUCGACCUCGAUUCUUCGCAGAGCCGCAUCAUGGUUUGCAGAUGUCCGAACUUGAAGCGGCACUUUUUUUUUCUUGCCAGGGACACUUGGAGGAACAGCUUCUACAGGCCAAUCCUAUCCUUGAAGCUUUCGGCAACAGCAAAACGGUCAAAAACGAUAACUCGAGUCGUUUUGUGAGUUUACUCCCAAAUCAAUCAUAUUUCGUUCUUUAUUUGAACUAUCAAGUUAUAUCCAAACUUUGAGUUAUUUUGGUGCUCCAUUUGUGUGGCUAGCCCAAAUUGCGGUGCAUCAGUCGAGGGGAACAUGUGAAGCUAAAAGCCCAGUGUUUUUAUGUUUUUUGUUGUCUGUUAAAAACAAAAUUUGACCUUUACUUUUAUUUUUAUGUAUUCUAAGCGAUUUCCUUCAGGGAAAGUUCAUCCGCGUGCACUUCGACGUCACCGGCUGCAUUUCUGGCGCCAACAUCGAGUUCUACUUGUUGGAAAAGUCGCGCGUUCUGCGACAGGCAGUCAACGAACGUUCUUUCCACAUUUUCUACCAACUCCUCAAAGGCAUUCCUACUUCUCAGCGAGGUUUUGCUCACUAGACCAAUGGUUCGCAAAAAAAAAAAAACUUUGCUAAAGAAGCUCUUCUCCUGGAAGACUCGGCUGCUGGCUACAAGUUCAUGACGAACGGAGCUCUUACUUUACCGGGAAUCGACGACGUCCAGGAGUUGCGCGAGACGAUGAAGGCGAUGAGCAUAAUGGGCAUCUCCGACGCCGAAAUACAUGGUAAGAUUGUCCGGUAGAUCAAGUCUGUUCUUCUAGCUUUAAAAAAGUUCAUUUUUGAAAGAGAAGCAAAGAGAAAAGUUUGCAAAAUUUGGAUUUUGGUUCUGAGAUAGCUAUCAAGAAGGAAUUAUGUGUACAUGAAGUAUAAUCUUGGUAAAAAUGUGUUUUACAAAUAAAAAAUGAAGAGUGAUCGUUAGCUCGGUUACCGGACGACGCAUCGAAUUUUAGAGAAAUUCUGAGUUUAAAUUCCGAGUUUGACGUGUGGAUCUGUUGUUUGAGCUGCGAUGCGCGUCGUUUCCGCGGUCAUGCUCUUCGGCAACUUGGAGUUUGCCCAGGAAGGCAAGAACAGCGACCAGGCGGUGCUCACCAAUGACGCCGUCGCCCAGAAAAUCAGCAUUUUGCUCGGACUCAACGUCACAGACCUCAUGCGUGCUUUCCUUAAGCCCAAAAUCAAGGUUACAUUGAAGUUUUUUUUUAAUUCGUUUUUUUUUUUCCUUCAGGCAGAAAAAUAAUAAAUCCUCUCACUUUUUCUCUCAACUCUGUAUAGUUCUGAUAGACUUUUAUCAGUUGGAAAAGUGGGAAAACUGAUAUUAGUGACUCGUUUUUUUGGUUAACAGAGAAAAAAAAGAAUAAUCCAAAUGUGCAUAAUGAUUCUCAAAUAAAUUCUUCGUUUUAUUUUUUUCUCAUUAAUAUUUUGUGGCUCCGGCUCUCAGGAGUAUGUCUUCAUUAAUAUGUGAGGUUUUUGCAGGUUCAACGUGACUUGGUUCAUCGUGCACAAAGCGUUGACCAAGUCAAGUUUUCCGUUGGAGCUAUUGCCAAGGCCUGCUAUGAGCGACUUUUCCGGUUCGCUUCAAAUUUUCCUUCUUAAACGUCCAUAAUCUGGAUAUUGUUCUUUUUUUUUCUAACGAAAAUCUCUACUUCUGUCGAUCUUCAUUCUCUUUGGUUUCAGCUGGUUGGUACAACGUCUGAACCGCUCCCUGGAUCGAACUCGACAGCUUGCCGUCAGCUUCAUCGGCAUCCUGGACAUUGCAGGGUACGACCUUCAGAACUGAGCAGACGGAGGAUCCUUUUUCAGGUUCGAAAUCUUCGAGGUGAACUCUUUCGAGCAGAUGUGCAUCAACUACACGAACGAGAAGCUGCAACAGCUCUUCAACAACACGAUGUUCAUCCGCGAACAGCAGGAGUACCUCGACGAGGGCAUCGAGUGGAAAUUCCUCGAUUUCGGUCUCAACCUCCAGCCCACUAUCGACCUCAUCGAAAAGGUGCCCUUUCGGGAAUUCAACUUCUAAUCUUGUUACCAUUCUCACUUUGACCAUAGAUACGUUCCAAAUUAUUUGCGCUUCAUUUCGAUGUUAAAUAAAAGAGCUCUUUCUGCAGCCAAUGGGAAUCUUCUCGACUCUGGACGACGUCUGUCUGUUCCCUCAAGGCAGCGACACGAGUUUCGUCGAGAGACUCACUUCCAGUCACCACCAACAUCCCAAAUACGUGGUUCCUGAGAUGAGGGCCAAGUUUGUAUUGCAUUGUUGAGAAAAAAAAUUUUUUUUUCAUUUUACCAGAUCAGAGUUUUCGUUCUCCAUUAAGAUUUGGGGUCUGUAUUGUCAAAAGAGUGAAACAUUUUUUUUAGUUAUUAUUUUUCGAAAAAUUUGGGCGAUUUAUUCCUUUUUUUGUGCAGUAUUGACAAUGAACACGUUGAUUGUUGAAGAAAUCCAAAAAAUUUUAUUUCGUCAGGUUAUAAAAUCAUAUUAGUAUCAUUUUAUACUGUAUUUUAUUUUAAAAUCAAUCUGGUUUUAUAGAUAAUGUUGAAAAAUUAAUCUUUCUUGUGGCUGCAGCUUUUAUUCUAAGAAAAAAAGAGGUGUUGGAAAACAGCCAGAAACUGAUCUGCACUUGACUAAAGCUUGUUUGAUUUUUUUUUUUGCAGAUUUAUAAGAAUUAGGUGAAUAGAAAACUGUUUGGAUUUGGUUUUAAUUAUUUUUUCUAAUGGUUUUCAAGCAGGAGCGACUUUGCGGUUGUGCACUACGCGGGCCGAGUCGAUUACGAGGCGAAAGGCUGGCGGGUGAAGAACAUGGAUCCGCUCAACGAGAACGUCAUCGACGUCUUCCGCGCUUCCAAGGAGUCGAUCCUUUCUGAAAUGUGGAAGGACGGUGGGUUCUGAGUGCGCGAAAGUAACAUGAGAAAAACUGUGUUACUUUUAAGAUCUUUCAAAAAUCAAUGAAUUUAAAAUGAGGAAACUUAUACUGUAGAAUAAAAAAAAAAUCGAGUUUACUCCUCAAUUAAUCGAUAAUUUUGAUGUAUUUCUUUGUUUAAUCUGUCCAAAGUCUAUCAAAAAAAUCCAAUUUCAAUAAACCACUAGUGAAUUCGAUUACCAACACUCUUUCCGCUUUCCACCUCCAUAGUUAAGUCCUCUAAAGUGAAGCGCUCAGUUUGAUCCUAAGAUUCUGACUUUUUCAGUAUCUGACGUGUGCAGCUUGAGUGCUACGGAGAACAGCGACAAUGGGAUUUUCGGAGCGCGAGUCCAGAAGAAAGGAAUGUUCCGAACUGUGUCGCAGCUCUACAAAGACCAGCUCUCGCGACUGAUGAGCACACUCGCCAACACGAAUCCCCACUUUGUCCGCUGCAUCAUCCCUAACCACGAGAAACGGGUUCGGAAACAGUCUUUGGAACCAUCCUCUAUACCAUUCUCAGCACGGAUCUUUGAACGCUCAUCUUGUUCUGGAUCAACUCCGCUGCAACGGAGUUUUGGAAGGAAUUCGCAUUUGCCGCCAAGGAUUCCCGACAAGACUUCCAUUCCAGGUUGAUUUCCUAUCUUGUUUCCUUUUUUGAUCAAAGAAUGUUGGCAGGAGUUCCGUCAGCGUUAUGAGAAGUUGCUGGCGCCGGACGCCAUUCCGCCAGGCUUCAUGGACGGCAAAGAAGCCGUCCGACGCAUCAUCGUUUCACAGGAAAUCGACGCCAACCUCUACCGAAUCGGCCAGUCAAAGGUCUUCUUCCGUGCCGGUGUCGUCGCCGAACUCGAAGAACUCCGCGACUCGAAGCUUGCUGCUCUCAUCGAGACCUUCCAGGUGGGCAGAAAUGGUGAAAAAUGGUAUAAUAACUGCUGUAAAAUUUAUUUUGAGAAAAACGUUUUUUUCCGUACGUUUUCAUCAUCGUUUGAAUAUUCAAAAAAUUGUGAGUUGAAAAAUGUUGAAAAACAAAAAAUUCCUUCUUCUCUUGGUUUUUCAAAGAAUGGGUUUGCUUUUGGGCAGUCUUUACCAUCUAUUAUGAGUAAUAAUUAUGGUUUUGAGGCCCACUGCCGUGGAUACCUCGCUCGACGAUACGUGGCACGUCUGCGAGACCAACAGACGGCCAUCCGAAUCAUUCAGAGAAACGGAAAGGCCUGGAUGCGGCUUCGCGAGUGGCAGUGGUGGCGACUCCUCACCAAGGCCUUUCCCUCCCAUCCAGCUCAUAUUCACCGGAUUCUUUGUAGGUGAAGCCUCUGCUCGAAGUGACCAACAAGGAUGAAGUCAUCGCGGAGAAGGAGAUAGAACUCAAGGCCACUACGGAACGUUUGCGACGCAGCGAAAUCUACAUCGCCGAUGUUCAGCAACAGAUGGAAAAAGUUUGUAGUCAGGAGAAAGUGCUCGCAGAUGACCCUUCUCUUUGAGAUUGAUGAAGAAAGAACGAAACUGAAGGAGAGGCUCGACGUUGAAGUGAUGGAAAGGGCUGAGCUCGACGAGGAACGGACCCGCAUCGUCACAAGAAAAGUCUCAUUUUCCUUCACUUGACUCGAGAUGAGAAAUUGCUCAGGCUGAACUGGAGAGUCUGGUCGAGCAACUGUCGAGACAACUGCAACAAGAAGAGACGAGGGUCAAGUCCAUCGAAGACGAUCGCCGAAAACUCAUGGUAUCUGAUUGACCCUCUUUAAAUUAAACCCGUUUUUUGAUUUGAGUGAGGCCAUAGUCUGACUGUGGUUUAGCAAUCCGUAAGACACUUUCCGGAUAAGUUGAAAUUAUGCGUUAUUAUGAAAAAACAGAAUAUUUAUACAGUACCGAGGAUUUGAUGUGUAAUGUGAAAAUGUAGAAGAUCAGCGUUUGAAAAUCAGUUUUUUUUUUCCUUUCCCCUAAGGUUCAAUGAACGACAUUUGAGAGAGGAAAGAUUCAGUUCUAAAUAUGUUUUUUUUAAAGAAUUAUUUCGCGUGGACUGCAUUCUCACUUUAGGAUACUGUCCGUCACUUGGAAGAGAACCUGGAAGACGAAGAGAGGUCCAGACAGAAACUUCUUCUUGAAAAGACGAACAUCGACAUGAAACUGAAGCAAAUUGAGUCUCAAGGAGCCGAACUCCAGGAUAAUGGAAACAAGGUUUACAGUCUUUUUUUCUCUCUAAAAACAGUUUCGCAGCUGGUCAAAGAGAAGAAAGCUUUGGAAGAACGUUGUCAGAAUCUGGCGUCCAAAGUAAUUGACGAAGAAGAACGCGCCAAGCAGCUUUCCAAGGCGAAAGCUCGUCUGGAAGCCACCAUUUCUGAACUCAACGAUGAACUUGAAAAGUUUGCUUCUUUUCUCAGAAAAAUUAGGAAAGAAAAAAACAUUAUCUAUUAUAUAAAAUUGCUAUUUGAAAAGUUUUCUGCUCUAGAAACGAUUAAAAAUUCUUUUUAUUUCUUUAAUUAAUGAAGGCUUGUGGAUUUUCAGCAACUCAACAAGCUUGAAACUUUUCACAAAACGAAAAAAAUUAAAGGGGGGCCGGUUUUUUUAAAAAAAUUAAAACUGUUUUCAUGUUUUUUUACAACCGAAAGUCAUAACUCCGUUCAAAUUUGAUUACAGGGAAAAGCAACAGAGAUCAGCCCUGGAAUCGAACAGAAGAACCGCCGAGUCGCAACUCCGAGAAGAACAGGAAGCGACGGUAGAAAACAUAAAAAAGAUCGAAGAGAUUUCGUCUCUUCUCGCUCGAAAAGACGCCGAAAUCGCUCAUCUCAACUUAAAGUACGAUGUGCUAUUAUUCGUAAACUUGAACUUUUACAAAGCUUUGGAAAAGAUGAAAUUCAGUAAAAUGAGAUAUGAACUUCACUUUUUCUCUAAGAAUUGCAAAAGUUUUUUCCGUAGGAGCUCGUGUGUGAGGGAUUUAUUCGGUUUUCCGAAAUUUAUUUGAAAUACCCUAAUUUUUUGUUUAAAUUUACAUACUCCCAAAACUUUGUGCAGCUGUUCUGUUUUCUAUGGCAAAUGAGAUACGCUUGAAGAAUCGACGAAGAAAUGGCGACGCGACAGAACCUCGAGAGGGAAAAUCGCGACUUCAAGGCUUCUUUGGAGGAUGCCGCCGAUGAACUGAACAAGGAGAAGAGCGCCAGGACGAAGGCCGAGAAGUUGAGACGCGACAUGGCGGAAGAACUCGAGAGCUACAAGCAGGAGCUCGAGGAAUCCAACGACAAAAGCGCCCUCAACUCGCAGAUGCGGGCCAAGCGCGACGAGGAAUACACUCAUCUCCAGGUGGGUCGGAGCUGAGGAUUUUCGAAAAGAGAGAAAAACGAAUGAAAAAAAUGUUUCCCCCAAUUUGGGAACUAUAUUUCGUGCCUUUCAUUUACAUACGAGCACGAAGUAGUAAGUUUUUUAAGUUGAAAUUUUUUUUUCUUAAAGCCGGUUAUAAAAAAGAAUUAGGAUGAGUAUUUGUAAUUCUUAUUGUGAAACGCAGGUUUUAACUUUUUGCUUUUUCCUUUUCUUUUUUUUUUUCAGAAACAACUCGAAGAACUCCAACGCGGCAACGAAGAAAAAGCUGAAACUCUGAAAGCCCAGUACCACAAAAAGAUUGAAGAUCUGACUGAACAACUCGAUCAAUUAAAGCGCCAAAAGCUGGGUUUUGAGAAAUCAAGAGCGACUUUGCAAGCCGAAAACGAUAAUCUCAACGCCGAGCUUUCGAACUUGCAAGUUUCGCGUGGCGAGGCCGAGAAAAGACGCAAAAACGCUGAGAAUCUUCUUGUUGAGAAAGAUCAGCGAGUUCGGGAGGUUCAGGCGAGCUUCGAAGAGGCCACCAUCAAGCUCAACAAGGCAUUGCCCUUGAUUUAUUCCAGUUUUAUACUUGUUUUCUCAGGCUUUGAACGAAUUGGAAGCGCUGAGCAAAGCCAAGGAUACUGAGUCGACGACCAACGCAAACCUUCUAAAGAAAAUCGCCUCCCUCGACAUGCAACUCACAGAACUCACGGAGGUAAUUUUCUCAAAUGAAGUUGUUUUCUAGAAUUCUCUGAAACUUUUGAGUUCAAUUUUCAGGCUAGCGAGGAAGAUCGCCGCAACCGAGCAAAUCUGCACGCUCGAAUCCGCCAGCUUGAAGAAGAACUUUCGACGGCAGUCGAGCAAAAAGAAGAAGCCGUGGGGGCCUCUGAGAAAAUUGGCAAGGAACUAUCCGUGGCGAGGCAGCAGCUGGCCGAAGGACGCAAGAAGCUCGACGAGGAGCUGAACGAAAAAAUUGAAGAGGUCAAAAAAAAGAAUAGCUUUAGCGUCACUAAAUGCGAGUUGAAGUGCCGUUCAUUUCUCAGCUUGAUACUUUGUGAUUGCAAUUCCCUGAUCCCGUGUGCAUGAAUCAGAUUGGCAAAAAAAACGAACGCUUUCUUUUUUUUUCAUUUUUUGAUGUGAAAAGCUUUCAUGCCGGGAGUUUCAGUUAAAAAUCGAAAUAGACAAUUUGAUCUCUUAAGUUAUCUCACGGUGUCCUAACAUCCAAGCGCUAAGUUUUUUGUAUAUCACAAUUGAAAGUUGGAAAUAGAAGUGAUCUCAAAUGAUUCAGGUCCGCCGGAAGAAGGACCGCGAGGUCGCAGCUGAGAAGGAACGGGCCGACGAGGCAGAAGCCGUCAGAGACAAGGCCGAAAGGGCCAAAAGAAAGGCUCAGCAAGAGGCCGAAGACGCACAGCGAGAACUCGCCGACUUGUCUGCUGCAACGCGGGACAUGGAGCGGCGUCAGAGAAAGUUCGACCAGCAGCUCGCUGACGAACGGAGCAACGUCUUGCUGGCUCAGCAAGAACGCGACAGCGCUCAACAAAUGGUUCCUUUCAACUUAUUUUCCGAGAAUAGUCGAAAUCAAUCAUUUUAAACUCAGUUUCUAUCUUGAACAGAAGUGUUUGAGAUAUUGUAAGCUUUUCGUGGGGAUGAUUAGAAGUCGCGUUGAUGCACACUUGGGAAGAGAGAAAAAAGUUCAGAAUGUUUUUGAAAUAUAGGUUUUUUUCGUCGAAGUGAUGAAUUUUGUGAAAAGAUUUUGUUGUUCGUAAAAAGCAGCUUUUUGUUAAUGUAUCACGAAAAUAACUUGCUAUCCAGUAACCUUAUUCCAGCUUCGUGAGUCGGAAACCCGUCAGCUGGUGCUCACUAACGAAAUCUCUGAACUGAAAGACGCGAUAGAGCAGCUUGAAAAAGAACGGAGGAAUCUGAGACUCGAAGUUGAUAAUUUGGUCGGUUGAAGCGCUCAUCUGCGUGAAAUUGGGACUCUUCAGGCAUCGACAAAAGAUGAUGCCGGGAAAAGCGUUUUCGAGUUGGAAAAAGCGAAAAGAAGGCUCGAAGACGAACUUUCGAAGGCAGAGCAACAGGUCAUCCAGUGCUCAUUUUCAAACUAUCUUUUUCUUUUCAGAUCAUUGAGUUGGAAGAUGCCGUCCAGCUCGCUGAAGAUGCUCGCAGCCGAAUGGAAGUCAACCAGCAGGCGAACCGACAAGAGUUCGAACGUCAACUAGCCGCACGGGAGCAGGAUGAGGAGGAUCGCAAGAAGGCGUUGAUCACUCAGAACCGCAACCUCACAGAGGAGCUCGAGGCGGAGCGUCGUCAGAAGACACAGGCCCUCUCGGCCAAAAAGCAGAUGAAAGCUCAAAUUGCGAGCCUGACGGAGCAGCAAGAAAGUUUCCAGAGGCAGAUUGAAGAUCUCAGCCGGCAGCUGCGUAAAGCCCAGCAGAACUCCAAGGAAAUUCAGGCCCGUCACAAAUUUCGUGCCGUCUUCAACUCCUCAGUUUCAGGUGGAAGCGACGGAGGCUCGUGCUGCCAUGGACGAAGCGCUGAUUCAGUCCAGAGAGGCUGACAAACGGUGGGUUCCAGAACGGUUCAAGAAGUAAGUUCGAUUCUCAGAGCACGAAAGAUGGAGGACGAGGUAAAACGUCUGUCUUCGGAACUGUCGACGGCGCUUUCCGCGAAGAGAAAGGUCGAGGCUGAGCGAGACGAAUGUGUCGACGAGAUUGCUGCUCUGAAGCAAGCCGGACUGGGAACUGAAGAGAAGCGACGGUUUUCACAAAACGAGCCUUUUCGAGAGGAAUUGAUCAUUGUACAGAUUGGAGGCUCGGGUCGCCGACUUAGAAGACCAAUUAGAAGAAGAAUCAUCGGCCAACGAUUUGGCACAAGAAAAACUGAAGAAGGCCCAAGUUCAGGUACAUCUCUCCAGAAAGACUUCAUGUCGUUCGCAACUUUUUGCUCCAAAGAUCAUUUUUGUUCUUGAUGAAUAUUGACACAAAAACUAGAACUCAUAACUAAAAAAGCUAAUAAUCUUAGAAAGCGAGAAACGAAGCAGAAUGAGAAAAAGUUCCGGGAAUUCCGCCAACUUUUUCAACAGACGUUUACUCGAAUUCUGGGUUAAACAGCACCUGACGUGUGGAAAGUGAAAAAAAAAAGCUUAUGUAGGUAGCGUUAUCAGAUGUCCUACGAUAAUCAGUAACAUCUUUAAAAUGCAAAAAAAAAAGUAUUUUCGUAGGUGGAGCAACUCACAACCGAGUUGACGAUGGAACGGUCGUUGUGUGAACGCAACGAAGCUGAGCGCAAUUCGCUGGAUCGGGCCAAUCGUGAACUUAAGCAACAACUCCAGGAAGCUGAAUGUAGAAUAUUCGCUUUGUCGAACUUCUUGAUCUUAUUUUUCAGCAAAUGCGACCUCGCGUUCCCGUUCUCAGCUUGCUGCCGCCGACGCGAAGAUUGCUAUGUUGGAGCAGCAGAUCACUUCAGAAGAGCAAGACCGGCUUCGAAUUUCUCGCACCCUUCGACGCCUGGAAACGCGCCUGGCCGAGGCCACUCAGCAGCUAGAAGACGAGAAGCGACAGGUGGAGCAGUUCCGACAGACGGUCUGAGGCUUCUACCUGACCAUAAAAGUUGAAUGCACAAUUUCAGUCUGACCGUCUGAGUUCGCGAAUGCGACAGCAACGCAACCAGCUUGAAGACGCGGAGGCCGAACGCGAUAAACUCAACUCCAAACUGAAAGAGGAACGACGUCGCGCCGACGACCUCAGUGACGCCAACGACAGUCUGACACGCGACUUGCAGAACAUGAAGCAGAGGCUCGCCGGCGACAAUCGUCGCACGAUGAUUCAUCGCGAAUCGCGCCGCUUCGGAAGCAACACCUCCAUCAGUCGAGGUACGAACUUCUUUUCUUUUGUUCUCAAUAAAUUUGAAUGAUGCUGAAAAUAUAUUUUAUUUAAUUAAUUUUUCGAACCUUUCGGUUAGAGCCCUUUUGGUGUUUUUUCUCUUCCCUAGUUGAAAAAUACUCGACGUCUUUAUUUAAAAGCUAGGCAACUACGAUUUUGAUAAUUAAACUUUUCAUAUAUAUUUAUAUGAAAAAUAAAAGGGAAAAAUGUUAUCAGAUAUUGAAAUGAUUCUUUGUGAUAUUUAAAUUUUCGGAAACGGAUAAGUAAACCAAGAACUUGAAAUUAAGAUGACUUGCGGAACGUAUUGACGGAGAGUUCCGCGGAGCGUCCAGGAUCGCGGCUCACUUCUGGGAAUGGCUCCCAUCUCGCUCAUUCAGACGAGGGCGAUCGCGAGUCCAUCAAAAAUUGA